UGUGACGUAUUUUACCGGUGCCUGUAAAUUGCGUGACCUUCUUAUUCGCUGAAGAUACGUAUUUGUGGCUGCCGAGAGAGUAUUAGCCGGUAUUAGCUGAAGUAGCUGGCUAGUUAAGUUGGUUCAAAAAAGACAAUCUCAUUUGUUAAAAAGGAAAAAUGGGUGACGUUGCGAAAGGAAAGAAGGUGUUUGUCCAGAAGUGUGCACAGUGUCACACUGUCGAGGAAGGUGGAAAGCACAAGGUUGGUCCAAACCUUUGGGGCCUGUUCGGACGCAAGACGGGCCAGGCUGAAGGCUUUUCGUACACCGACGCCAACAAGAGCAAAGGUAUUGUCUGGGGAGAUGCCACGCUUAUGGAGUACUUGGAAAACCCCAAAAAAUACAUUCCUGGAACAAAGAUGAUCUUUGCCGGCAUCAAGAAGAAGGGGGAACGUGCUGACCUAGUUGCAUAUUUGAAGUCUGCAACAUCUUAGAUUAUGCUAAGAUUAUUUUAACUUAUCUGUAAAGUACGCUUAUGUGAUGUCAUUGUAAAAUUAUUUUAAGAAAAAAAAACUACAAAACUGUUUUGAUCAUUUAAGAAUGUGAAGACUUUAAAAAAUGACAUGUCACACCUUGCAUCUGUCUAAAUGAAGAAUGUAAACUUCAUUUUACGGAAUACAGUACUUAAUUUGAAACCUGGUUAAUUAUAUUUGGUUGAACAGUUAGGGUGGUUAUUGCAGGUCCUGAGUUGUCUUCCAUGUUGAAUGAGUAAGUGUAUCCCCUGGUUUCACAGGUGUAUUAAAAAUGAAAUUGGUCACUGUACUGGCGGUUAAAUAUUCCAGAAGGCAUUUGUUGAAGAUUGGUUAAAAACACUGGUUGUUGUGUAUUAAGGAAUCUUCUCAUUAAAACUGAUUGAAACUGUAA